UGCUGUAAGAGACCGUCGACACCAUGUUGUUCAAAGAUAUCUCGUAAACGUUAAUGUUGAAUGAAUGCACAUUAUUACUGAACUGAUGCGCAUUACAACUAUAUUGGUAACCGAGAGAGAGCGUUAAACCAACAUGGACAUGUACACGGACGAGACAGGCUUUAUUGAUAUGGAUACGGUUAUUGCCGUGAGUUUACACGUAGUCACUUCCUGUGUAGAUUGACUUAAAUACCUAGCCUGCUGCUGUUGAGGCAAAUGGAUGACUUACCCAACUCAUCUUAAAAUAACGACAGUGAAACGACUUCAGGAUUUGACGGCAAAAGGUUGUGGGUUUAUUUAAGACUACUCACAUGCAAAGGAUAGUCAAAUGCGGUCUCCUGGGCCUUGAAUAUGAUUAUGAUUAUGAGGAUACAGACGGUGAUGAUACUGACAGCUCUUUCAAAUAUGACUACAGAGAGACAGAUGAGAAAAGAAAAGCUAGGUUACAAGAGGAAAAGAAAAUAAGUCAAGAAAAGGCUCAGAAGAAACGUCUUAAGAAAGAGAAUCAAAAGAAACGAAAACAACUGGAGAGAGAGAAACAGAAUACUCUGAAAGGGGAAGAGACAAAAACUGAUAAAGAAGAGACUAAGCCAGAGGGAAGUAAAGCAACUGACGAAGAACCCAAUAAAGAUAAAAACACCACUGUCAAACAGUCAAUACCUAAUACUGCUGCAGAAAGCAAUGAGAGUGAAGGCAACGAUGAUGAAGGUGGUCAGAGCGACUCCUGUGACUUUGAGGAACUGGAUAUAAACAGUACAUUUGUGACCAAAGCCAUUCUUAUAGCCAAGCGUAAAAUGGAGCAAAAGCCCCAUCCAGAGAAGAAGGAAAAGAAAAAGACACCGGUUAAAGAACGUAAAUUAUUCCCUGUCAAAAAUAAUGAACUUCCCGAAGUUGAAGAGAAGUUUGAACAGGUGUCCCUUAGCCCGCAUAUCCCGACUAUUGAAGAUAAUAUUAAAAGAAGUACUGAGCAUGCAGUAAAUGGAAAUAAGUUUGCCAGCUCUGGAUACUUCAAUAUGGCGGUGAAAUGUUUCACUGAAGCGAUUAAAUACAACCCUACAGAAUUCAGGUUGUUUGGCAACCGUUCUUUCUGUUUUGAAAAGAUGCAGGAAUAUGAAAAGGCACUGAUUGAUGCUGAGCUUUCUCUGAGUAUUUGUCCAGGCUGGGUGAAAGGCCUGUUUAGGAAGGGCAAAGCCCUGGCUGGACUAAAGAUGUACGAGGAAGCUGCUCAGGCCUUCAGUGAAGUUCUCAAGUUGGACAGCUCGUACGCAGAAGCUGCACAGGAGCUGCUGAGAGUUCAGAUUAUACAACUGAUGGAAUACGGUUUUACUCGGGAGCAGAGCUCAAAUGCUAUAAUUAUACAUGGAACUGUUAAAAAGUCUUUAGAGGUGUUGUCACAAUUCAACCUGCAACAAGGGGCUCUUCAGCAGACAACACCGGUCCAGGUGGUAAAUGUCGGAGGAGUCUCUCCAGUUCUCUCUGCCAACAAAAAUCAUCCUAGAGGUGCUGUCGCUGCCACAACCACCAUUGAUGCUGCUCUUCCUCCGCAUCACCCUCAUCUUCCUCAGUCCCAUAACCCAACAAAUGCAGUACUUCAUAACGCCAAAUCUAUAGAAUUCCAGAAUUCUUUUAUUGUCCAACGUCAACACAAACCCAGCGUUGAUGAAAAGAGUAGCAAGGAGAACAGUCAGCCUCCACCAGAGCUGUUUCCAGUCUGGGUAGGAAAUUUAUUUAACCCAGUGAACGAAUCUGUGCUAACCAACCUGUUUAGCAUGGCUGGAGUGGUUUACAGUGUGAAGAUUCUGUCUUUUAAGUGUUGCGCUUUUGUGAACUUCACAAAACAAGAGUUUUGUGAUGAAGCCAUCCGGCGAUUUAACGGCUUUGAGCUGGAUGGGAUGAAGAUCGUCGUCAGAUAUUCGGACAGGAUUCCUCAGGGUCUAGGCAUUUCAAAGUCCGCCCUCACGUCCAAAGAUGUGCAAAACGAGUACAUGAGGCAACAUAACUUUGUGGGUCAAAGGUCAGUUUCUGCUCACAGGUUUGACCAAAGAGAUAAGAAGUGAAAGGGAAUCAUUUCUCGUCAGGCGUUACCUGGAGUCUGCCAAUGAAAGAAGUAUAAUUACACAUUGUGGGAGCUUUUAAGCUUCACUGCCUCUGAAUGAAUUUUCCUUUUUAAAUUGACCAAAGGAAGUAGCACUCACUGUUGGUAGAAAUCACGCUUAAUUCGUUAAAAUGCUAUAUUCUGUUUAAUGCCAACGUGUUAAAAGCUCAGUUUUAACGGCUAAUGGCUCUUCAUAUUCAUAAUUUUACUUAAAAAGAUUAUUUCAAAUCAUUCUGUAUUUUAAGUCAACAGAAAAGCAAAAAAUUUAUAAUAAUGAAUCUCUAAUCCCACUUCUGCACCUGCCUUUUGUAUCUUAAAAGUUUGAGCCUGAGUAGCAUUUGUGUUCUCACAGGCUCGAAAUAACACCUUUUCAUACAUUUAGUUUCUUCUUUCUUCUUUCUUUCUUUUCUUUCUUUUACUACAAAAAGUAAUGACAGUAUAUUUAAUCCAACAUACACGUCUAAUUGCAUAAUAACAUUUACGUGACUAUGGAUGAGUGUUGUCAACAAAAAAGCCUAAAGUAUUUGUUGCGUUGUUCACUACAGCACUGGUGUUUUUGUCCACAAUUAAAUGUUGAUUCACA